AUGUACCUUUAAGCAAUAUAACUAUUGUUUUGAAAAUUUAACGGGCAAUGGCGAAAAAGGGGGGGGGAUACACAGGUUUUCAGUAUGUGCACUGUUUUCAUGACGACUGUUAAAAUUGGACGGUAUGUAAACCAAUCCACAUUUUCCGGGGUAACGAAACCGAGGGUCCGUGAAACAGAAAAUCCUCCCUCCAUAUAGUUAUAGUGGUUAGGGUUAGCCCGACCUAAGUGGGUCAAAAUCUAGGGCGAGGUUUACCUGUAAAAAUGAAUGGGAAGCGAACUCUCUUUUAAGGGGUACUCUCUGUCACGUUACACCGGCAAUUAUUCAACCACGAUAGUCUUAAGCGAACGAAGAACGGGGUUAAGAAAAUCCCUGCCUUCACUCACCCCUUAAAAUUUGCUUCCGAUGUGUCUUCAACAAAAUGGAAUAACUAACUGCUUUUUAAACAGCGGUCUUUACGCGAUAUAUUCAAUGUCUUCAAAGUAAAGGAGCACGUGCCUAUUCACUCGGCUUAAUGCUAUCUAUGCUACGACUUGACCUCAUCGGGGUGACGAGGUACUGGGAAGAGACAUAGAGAGAGAACAAGGUGCACAAGUAGAUCAUUUUGUAUGAUACCCAAAACGUUAUCUUAUUUAUACACGUACAGCGUCUUGACGCACAUUCAUUGUUCAGUUCACCAAGCUUAUUAAUUUAGAUUAAACCUUCACGAGCCGACCACAAGAACGUUGACGAUGAAGCGUCUGGUAGUUCUGGGAGCGACAGGACCCUCGGGACAGGAAGUGGUCAAGCAGGCCCUCAGCGCUGGACAUCACGUGACAGCGGUGGUCAGAAACCCUGACAAACUGGACAGUGUCCAAAAUGAGAAUCUGAAGGUCGUGAAAGCAGACAUAUUUUCAGCAGAAGAACUCUCAGAGCAUUUCCGGGGGCAGGAGGUGGUGCUGUCGUGUUUGGGAUCUAGAUCCUCGUUCCGUGCGCCCGUCACUCUGUAUACGGAGACCAUGAAAGCAAUAGUUGCCGCGAUGAGAGAGACGGGCCUCAUCAGACUGAUCUGUAUGACGUCAUGGUGCACAGAAUCACUGCCGGGUAACCCGUGGUUUAUAGAGUGGAUUUUGAAACCCCUCGUUCUUAAGAGGACUCUAGUAAACAUGGCUGAAAUGGAACAUUUCUUAUUCGACGACUGCCAGGAUAUCAACUUCACCAUUGUCCGACCGCCUUCGCUAGGCACUGGGCCGUUUUCAGAUUUGCCAAUUCUGACCCACGAGGGGAUGCAUGUCCCCGGCGCACGCUGGGGACUCAUGAACAGAGCAGAUGUCGCGCAUUUUAUGUUGUCAUUGUUAGACACUACAGAAUGGGACAGAAAGGCUGUGGCCAUACAGCGAACAUCAAGGAGAUAAACCCUACGGGAAGGAGUUGACCUUUUCAACGGGAUGAAGUUCUCAGUUUCAUAAGCAUAAAUUUAGAAUUAUUUUUAUUAUUUACUCACUUACGACACUUAAUAAGCAGUUAAUUUAAAAUGAAUUUAUGUACUUUAAAGAUAUGACGUUAUUGUUAUAUAUUAUUGCUAGGUCUUUGAUAAAUGUGCCCGAAAUAAUAAAUAUUGCUUUACUGAAUUGUUAACUUUUGAUACCCCCUGGUGAGUGGUAGGGUAUUGAGUUACUCAGUGAAGUAUGUACUCAAUGAUGCCAUUUUAUUGUCGUUGAUACUGUGUUCAAAUAUGCUCAGGGAAAGGAAAGAUUCGAGAAAACUUUUUUCUUUUUUGGCAAUUUUCAACCCACCCCAAAUAACAAUAAUGACGUCUUCGAUGAAUUGCCAUUUGUAUAAUUGCCAAAGGAUUAAGUCAGUGAGCACUGAAGAUUUACCUUUAAAUAAUUAUUCAAAACAUGUACGUGAAUGCAGUAAUUUAGGAGUUUUUGUGUCACCUUGACUGUAACCUAAACGACAUUGUCACGUUGUCUGUGUCUUUUAUCUUCACCCAAGCCAGAGAAAUAGUUAUAUACUAGAUGGUAGUGCCUGGCAGCUUGUCCUUUUGAGAGAAGUUGCUCGUACAUAUUAAGUAAGUUGAAUAGGUAACGGUUGACAUGUCAGUAAGCUUAUUCUUAGAAUACCGUAAUAAAGAUCACGAUAUACAACACACAGGUGCAGGAGCUGUAAGG